CCUGGACCUCGGCUAACGGCGCCAGGGCCUGAGACCCGAGCGCGGCGGAACGACGAACGAUUGCAGGUCGAGAUGGCUACCGACUGGGGGAGCCUCUUACAGAAUGAGAAGCAGCUGGAGGAGCUGGUAAGGCAAGCUGUGGAUCGGGCCCUGGCAGAGGGAGUGUUGCUGAGGACCUCACAGGAGCCUAGCUCCUCAGAUGUGGUCAGCUAUGCUCCAUUCACACUCUUUCCCUCGCUGGUGCCCAGUGCUCUGCUGGAGCAGGCCUAUGCUGUGCAGAUGGACUUCAACCUGCUUGUGGAUGCUGUCAGCCAGAACACCUCCUUUCUGGAGGAAACUCUUGCCAGCACCAUCAAAAAAGACCAAUUUACAGCACAUCUCUUUGAUAUCCACAAGCAAGUACUGAAAGAGGGCAUUGCCCAGACUGUGUUCCUGGGUCUGAAUCGCUCAGACUACAUGUUUCAGCACAACGCAGAUGGCUCCCCAACCUUGAAACAGAUUGAAAUCAACACGAUCUCUGCCAGCUUUGGGGGCCUGACCUCACGAACCCCAGCUGUGCACCGGCAUGUGCUUAGUGUCCUGAACAAGAACAAAGAAGCCACCCGGAUCCUCUCCAAUAAUCCCAGCAAGGGACUGGCCUUAGGGAUUGCCAAAGCCUGGGAGCUCUACGGCUCUGCCAAUGCUCUGGUGCUCCUGAUUGCUCAAGAAAAGGAAAGAAACAUCUUUGACCAGCGUGCCAUAGAGAAUGAUCUCCUGGCCAGGAAUAUCCAUGUGAUUCGGCGAAGGUUUGAAGAUGUCUCUGAAAAGGGCUAUCUGGACUCAAAAUGCAGACUCUUUAUGGAUGGCCAGGAGAUUUCUGUGGUUUACUUCCGGGACGGCUACAUGCCAAGUCAGUAUAGUGAACAGAAUUGGAAGGCGCGCCUGCUGCUUGAGAGGUCAUGUGCUGUCAAGUGCCCGGACAUUGCUACCCAGCUGGCGGGUACUAAGAAGGUGCAGCAGGAGCUAAGCCGGGAGGGUGUGCUAGAGAGGCUGCUCCCAGGUCAGCCUGAGGCUGUGGCCCGCCUUCGUGCCACUUUUGCUGGCCUUUACUCCUUGGACAUGGGAGAAGAAGGGGACCGGGCCAUUGCUAAGGCUCUCACUGCCCCAGGACGGUUCGUGCUCAAACCCCAAAGAGAGGGUGGAGGUAACAACCUGUAUGGGGAGGAGAUGGUACAGGUGCUGGAACAGCUGAAGGACAGUGAGGAGAGAGCCUCCUACAUCCUCAUGGAGAAGAUUGAACCUAAGCCAUUUAGCAAUUACUUGUUACGACCUGGAAGUCCUGCCCAAGUGGUCCAGUGCAUCUCAGAGCUGGGCAUCUUUGGGGUGUAUGUCAGAGAUGGACAGAGAUAUGUGAUGAACAAACAUGUAGGUCAUCUGCUUCGGACCAAAGCCAUCGAACAUGCAGACGGUGGUGUGGCUGCAGGAGUGGCUGUCCUGGACAACCCAUACCCUGUGUGAGGACAUAAACUGUCAGCUGGAACAUCACUGAGCCUUCGUCCCCACACACCUCCUUCCUCUCCAGCCCUCUUCCCCAGUCC